UGUAAUUUUCAUUUAUUGCUCGCCGCUCCCCGCCUCUCCAUUUAUAUUCCACUUUCUCGUCAUCCUUUUUCUUUAAAUCAUAAACAUUCUCCCUCUGCGUGCUCUCAGCGGAAACCGAUCAACACAGAGAAAACCCUUUUCCUUCUCAUUACUCAAGCAUGUCCAGAGCUACCGUUGAGCUGGAUUUCUUCGGAAUGGAGAAAGAGAGCUCCUGCAAAUCCCAGUUCCAGAGAUUCCUCGAUCGCCGUCGAAGCUUCCGAGGUCUUCAAGGUGCCAUUUCCAAGAUGAAUCCCGAGCUUAUCAAAUCUGUGAUUGCCUCUGGUUUGACGAACCAGGGUCAGGAAAAUGUGAAUCCCAUUGAUUCGAACAAGUCUUUUUCGGUGCCUUCGAGCCCUAAGGAAGCUCAGAGUCUCCUUCCUACUUUACCUGUUCUUAGUCCUGUAGCCAGGGCUACUUCUGAGAAGGGUCCUGAAACAGCUCCCUUGACGAUUUUCUACAAGGGAACGGUUUCCAUAUUCAAUGUACCUCGAGACAAGGCGGAGAGCAUCUUGAAACUUGCGGUUGAAGGAAGCUCCAAAAAUGCUGAAUUAACAAAGUCAGAAGUUGCAACUCCUUCAAGCGAUCAACGACAGCUGCUGGAAACUCUUAAUGGAGAUUUGCCGAUUGCUCGGAAAAAGUCUUUGCAGAGAUUUCUGGACAAGCGCAGAGAGAGGAAUGUGAUGGAUCUCAACCUGGAUCAAGUAAAAGCCUAAUCAAAGGUUGACUUGUGCAUCCCCUUAUGGUUGCUAGUCGCUACGCCGCUACACCUAAAAAAACGCGUUUUCGGUCGGACAAGAGGAAGACCCAGUUAUUCUAAGCCGGAGGUUAUAAAGAAAGGGCCCGACAGGAAGAUAGUUGGUAGAGGUUUAAGCUAAUUAUGAUAGCCUUUUGCAUCGUGUUUUUGAGGGAUAAAAUACAAAUGGAAUGGCUAAGAGUAGGGACGGUGUUUGAAGUUGAGAGAGGCAGACGUUUUUGGUGAGGGGGUGUUUGGCAUUUAAUCAGUGCCUGCUUCCUCCUCACUUUCCUAAUGCUUAUCUCUACGUGGGAUUUGAGGCCAUUCUUUUAAUUUACGUGGGUUGGAACUUUGAAUUGAAGUCACAUGCUGUAUACUGAGCUUUCCUUGGAAAAAGAUACCUUCUUCAUUAGUUGUCUAAUAUUAGCACGUGUUUUUGGUUUU